UCUCUGGUUGUUGAUGUUAGACAGUCGCACAAGGAGAAGCGGCUGCUGCCCGUGUUGAUUCAGCCUCCUCCUCCUCCUCUUCCUCCUCCUCCUCCUCUUCCUCCUCCUGGUCUUCAGCACUGCUCCCCGCUGGACAGCUCCUGCCUGGACACCUCUAACGCUGCAUGGUCCCUUUAAGUCUUUUAAUGGAAGUAAAAUCCAUUUAUGUUUCAAGAAAUAUUGGGAGUUUACAACUUGACCCGCAGGAGGAAUCUACGGAUACCUCGUUUCGAGAUUUGUGGCAGGCAGCGCGUCCUCGGCGGCACAGAUCACAGAUUCAUUGUUAACGGCGACUGACGAGCCGUGUGAGCACAGGCUUCAUCCUCAGACAUUCGGUCCAAAGGUUAGGUCUCAAAACCGCGAAGCUGCUGUCUACGUGGACUGGUGCUGAAGCCUCCCGUCCGACUGCCAGGACCUCUGCCAAAUCCAGAGACAUGGCGACGAACGGCACCAAAACGGAUGGACAAGUCACAGAACUGAACGAGGUGGCCGCGAACAAUGACAAACCCAAGUCGCUGGACGUCAAACCCGAGAAGCAGAAAAAGGAGUUACCUGAUAGAGAAACAUGGGCGGGAAAAUUUGAUUUCCUCCUGUCGUGUGUGGGUUAUGCAAUUGGACUGGGAAACGUGUGGAGAUUCCCCUAUCUCUGUGGAAAAAACGGUGGAGGUGCCUUCUUGAUUCCCUAUUUUUUGACCCUCAUAUUUGCUGGGGUACCCUUGUUCCUACUGGAAUGCUCCCUUGGUCAAUACACCUCCAUUGGAGGGCUGGGAGUGUGGAAAUUGGCUCCUAUGUUUAAAGGUGUGGGCCUUGCAGCAGCUGUCCUGUCCUUCUGGCUCAACAUUUACUACAUUGUAAUCAUUGCUUGGGCCAUUUACUACCUGUACAACUCCUUCACCGCUGACCUUCCAUGGAGCACGUGUAACAAUCCAUGGAACACAGAUAAAUGCUAUACGAACUACAGCAUUGCAGAUACCACCAAUCUCACCAGUGCGGUGCUAGAGUUUUGGGAGCGCAACAUGCAUGAAAUGACUGAUGGCUUGGAAAAACCAGGCCAGCUUCGAGUGCCACUGGCAAUAACACUGGCCAUUGCCUGGGUCCUCGUAUACUUCUGUAUCUGGAAAGGGGUUAGCUGGACAGGGAAGGUUGUUUACUUCUCGGCUACGUACCCCUACUUCAUGCUGUUUAUUCUCUUCAUCCGCGGUGUGACUCUACCUGGAGCUAGAGAGGGGAUUUUGUUCUAUAUCACCCCCGACUUUGAAAAGCUCAAAGAAUCUGAGGUGUGGCUGGAUGCAGCUACCCAGAUCUUUUUUUCCUAUGGAUUGGGACUGGGGUCACUUAUAGCUCUAGGCAGCUAUAACCCAUUCAAUAACAAUGUUUACAGAGACUCUGUUAUUGUGUGUUGCAUCAACUCAUGUACCAGCAUGUUUGCUGGAUUUGUAAUCUUCUCCAUUGUUGGCUUCAUGGCACACGUGACAAAGAAAGACAUUAAAGAUGUAGCAGCUUCAGGUCCUGGUUUGGCUUUUUUGGCCUACCCAGAGGCUGUAACCCAGUUGCCUGUGUCUCCUCUCUGGGCCAUUCUGUUCUUCUCCAUGCUGCUCAUGCUGGGAAUUGACAGCCAGUUCUGCACUGUUGAAGGCUUCAUCACUGCUCUGGUGGAUGAGUUUCCCAGAGCUCUUAGGGGUAGACGAGAGCUCUUCAUCGCUGCUGUCUGUCUGGUGUCCUAUGUGAUCGGACUUUCAAACAUCACACAGGGAGGAAUCUAUGUGUUCAAACUGUUUGACUACUACUCUGCCAGUGGAAUGUGUCUGCUGUUCUUGGUCUUCUUUGAAUGCAUCUCCAUAUCCUGGUGCUACGGUGUGAACAAGUUCUACGACAACAUCCAGGAGAUGAUUGGUUACAAGCCCUGUAUAUGGUGGAAGAUGUGUUGGGUCGUGUUCACGCCUCUCAUUGUCGCUGGCGUGUUCUUGUUCAGCGCCGUACAAAUGGUUCCUCUCACAAUGGGAGACUAUGUGUUCCCGGGCUGGGGUCAGGGAGUCGGCUGGCUCAUGGCGCUGUCCUCUAUGGUUCUCAUACCAGGAUACAUGAUAUAUAUGUAUCUCGGGCUCAAGGGGACUUACAAAGAGCGACUUCGAAUAAUGCUUCAGCCUCCCGCAGUCACCAGGCGGUGUCAGGAGAACGGGCCGGAGCAGCAAGUGGAGACCAACACGGCAAACCUGUCCAGCCCUUCCAACCCGGCCAACCCCGCCAGCCCCACAAACCCGGCCCCCGCCAACCCCGCCAGUCCCACCAGCCCGGCUCCCGUCAACUCCACCAGCCCGGCGACCCCCGCCAACCCCGCCCCUCCGCCGGCGGCUAACCCGGCCGCGGCGACCAGCCCGGUGAACCCGGCGACGAGCCCCGCCGUGACCACUGUAACCAUCACCACCUCCACCACCACCGCGGCCAGUCCGGCGAACCCCGUCACCACGACGGUCAGUCCGACCAGCCCGCCCCCCAACCCCACCAGCCCGACGGAGCCCGUCAACCCCCCCAACCCGACCAGCCCGACCUCCAACCUGACCAACGCCGAGGCCAACGUGUAGGCAACGAAGAAACCCUCAUGGAGCACGUAGACAAAAGAGAACAUUACAAAGGACUUCCAAGAUUAUAAUUGAUUCACCUACCUCCAGGGGCAAUAUGUGAUCUAAACAGAUUUUCAAACCAUGUUUAAUUUUCUCUGCAUUUGUCAAACCAGGCUGAUGAUGUGUUAUUGUUGGUUUGGAGAAAAAAAAAAAAAAAAAAAAAAAACAAUAUCAAAGACUGUUAGUGUCCACAAAUCCAACCGUAAUUCUGAGUAAAAAAAAAAGAAAAGAAAAAGAAAAUGUAAACAUACUGUGUAAUACUGUGAGAAAAGAAAAAAAAAAAACCUAGAGAUAUAGAUUAGAGAUUUGUUGAAUAUCUUCAUGAAUCAAGUAAAUACCGUGUGAAUAUAGUAGAUGAAGUAGUGAACAAAAUUGACAUCAUUGAAGAGUGCAAGGGAUGGCGUCAAUUUUUUAUUGUGGAUGUUUACUAAACCUCACACAGUUGUCUCUUUUUCCAAAUGUUGCUCUCUGUGAGGUAAAAUACAGGCCACAAGGCAACGGGGAGCUCUGAGUAAGCACAAUGCCAAUAAGAUGUUCAUGUCGAGGAGUUCUGGAGCGAUCCAGUAUUUGUUGCAAAAGAUUUUGUGUGUGAGAGAGACUGUUAUUUUUUUUUUUUUCCGUCCGUUUAUUUUUGUUUUUCAGUAAAAAAAAACGAAAAAAAGAGAGAGAAAACUUUUAUGUGAUCAAAACAUUUUUAGAAUUAUUUUUAGGAUGUUUUAUACUAUAUGUGUUGUGAUGGAGGACCAAAAUCAAUAGGCAGACAAAAGCAAAAACUAUGCCAGUAAGUAUUCGGUUGGCAAAGCACAGGGUACAAAGAAGUACAAAAAAAAAGAAAAAAAGAAAGAAAGAAAGAAAGAAAGAAAGAGAAGCACAGGGUUAGAAAAGUGAUUUACAAACAUUGACUAUCCCGUAAUGCUGACAGUCAAUCCUGUUUACGUUUUGCAUGCUUUCCUCAGGAACAUCAGUGAAAAUUUUUCUGAAAUGUCUCCUGACAAACAAACAAACAAACAAACAAAUAAAAAAAAAAAGGACAGAGCAGAGAAGGCCUUAAGCCAGUACACCAAUUACAACUAAGCCAUAGUCUGUUUACAGGACUGGGCAGAAAAACAAAAUACCACUUUGUAUGCUCGUACAAAAAAAAAAAAAAAAAGAAAGAAAAAGAAAAAAACCUGGACCAACUCUGUGUUUAAGUACAGUCAUGAUCUUUUCUUUAUGUGUCAAUGAUCAAUCAUAGUUUGAUCAGUAUGUAUUCAGCAAUACAUAUGUAGAUGUAUAAGUGCAGGCCAGUAAGCAAGUGGUCUGUUUCUCUUUUUUUGUUUAUGUUGUCUUUGCUUUACUAGUGAAAAAGCACAAAGCUUUAAUUUCCCCAGACUCUUGCCAUGGCGUGUUAGGACAAUGUUAGUUUGCUUCUAUGGCAGCUACUGUGAACGGCAUCUGGUUGAACAGCACAUGUUUACCUUGAAAAGCAAAACAACUGAGCGAAAAACGUGAAAUGGCUACAGUUCAUGUCCUGUGAAUUUUGUAUAAAGUUACUCUACCACAGUUUUCUCUGGAACUUUGUUGUAAAACCGUACUGUGUAAAACAUGUAACUGUGAAUGUCUGUACUACAUUGGAAGUAUUUGUCUAAAUGUUGAAAAAUGGAGUUGCUGUUUUCUGCAAUAAUAUUUUGAUCACAGAAGCUAAAGCACAUAUCUUACAGAAAUAUACGAAAUGAUGAUGACAAUGAAGAUACUGAUGAUUAUAUUAAAAAUAGAAACUAUGUCUAGUAAAACAAUAUUGUUUUGUAUAUUUUUAACUGUCUCACUGCCUAAUGUAAAACAUAAUAUAAACAUGAUAUGUAUCUAAAUGGUGUCACAUGAUAAAGCACGAUUGUUAUGUUAUACAAACAGAAAAAGACUG